AUGAAACUCAAUCAAGAUUGUCUUACGGCAAUAUUCGAAUUUUGUGAUAUAAAUUCUUUGUAUUCUUAUUUACUCGUUAAUAGAUUUUGGUGUAAAACCGCGAUUCCAAUUUUAUGGAGAGAUCCAUGGAUAAUCACAAAAACUCUCAACUCUAAAAGAGCGAAGAUAUUCUUCAAUACAAUUUUCCAACUUUUGCCGGAAGAAUCAAGUGAUUUAUUAAAAAGUCAAGGUAUUGAUGUUCCUCAACGACGUAAACCUCUAUUUGAUUACAUCGGCUUCUGUAAAUACCUUAGGAAACUCGAUAGAGAAGUUUUUUAUGAAUAUAAUGAUGAACAAGUUAAAUUGUUGAGACAAGAGAUAUUUAAACAAUUUAUUAGCAAUUGUUCUAAGCUCGUACUCUUUGAUACGACCGACGUUGAACAUACAGUACUUGAAAUUCCUAGAGCAGUAACCAUCUUUUCUGACCUUUAUGAAUUACAUUGUAAAAGCACUGAUAAUGCAUCACUUUUCUUUGGAUUGGCUCGGAUUUGUAAAUUUAUAGAAAAGUUUUAUAUUAAACAUACAAUUCCUAAUCUUGGACUUGCCGAAUUAAUUAAAAAUCAAUUAAAAAUCAAAUAUUUAAAGAUAUAUGGGAGCAGAAUUGAUGAUGGAGAAAUUUGUUCGGCAAUAUUGAAACAUUCUCACACCCUUAUUGUUGUGAGCAUACCUAUUGAAAAGGAUUUACCUUUUCUUAACGAUCUUAUUUUGGGAUUAAAUAAUAUACAGAAAUUGGAAUUAACUCACGGUGUUUAUGAUUCGGAAGUUUAUAAGCAAUUAACUUUUCCAUCUUAUCCCAAUUUACAAGUUAUUGACCUUAAUUUAUCCUACUCUGUCGCUUCCAUUGCAGCUUACAGCAUAAUCCUAAAAUCACAUAAUCUUCAAAUAAUUGUGCUCCGUUUUAAUGCUUAUAAUUAUUCAGAGAAUAUUCUGUCGGCGAUCUCUCAAUGUUGUCCAAAACUUAAAUGCCUUAAAUUUUAUUUAGAUAAGGGAUAUCUCCCCAUAUUUCGGAAAGUUUUAAUCAACUGUCAACUGUUAGAAGGAAUAUUCAUUGACACAAACAGAAAAUAUCUUUCUCAACAUGGUAUUGAAUUAUUGAAGAUGUUGACAACAUCAGCUCCACUUGGUUUAUAUAAGGUGCAUAUUGGUAAUUUUAGUUAUUUUAAAAUGGAAUGUUUGAAAACCUUUUUUGAAAAUUGGAAAGGACGAAAACCAUUGUUGUUAUCUUCGCUUGAGGUUGAAGUGGAAGAUAAAAAAUCAGAUAAUAUUGAAAGGUUGGAUGAUUUAAUUAAUCAUUAUAAAAAUGUUGGUGUCAUUAAAGAAUAUGGAGAUGAUGCGGUUAUUUUGAAUGAUAAUUUUGAGAGAUUUUAUUAA